AUGGCGAAUUCCGGCUCAACGACACCACCAAAUAUUCCCGGCUCGAAAAAACCGCCGAUUAAGAAGCCGAAGCGUCGCGAGAGUAUUGCGGUUCGCGCGCGCGAAUUCCUCACGGCCGUCGUGCGCGGCAAUCUCAUCGAGGUGUCGCGAAAGAUGUCGCCGCAGGCGCUGAAAAUCGCGCAUCCGACGACGGGCGCCGUCGCGCUCACAUUGGCCGUCAUCAACAACCAUGUGAGCAUCGUCGAAGCGAUUCUCGACUACUCGCUGAACACGAUCAACGCGCGCGACACUGACGGACGAACCGCACUGCACUACGCGGCCGCGCUUUUCGGCGUCCGCCAAGAGCCGACGCUCUACUUUCUGCUGCUCAACAAGGGCGCCGACGAUAUGCUGCCAGACUCCGAAGGCUUCACCCCGCAGGAUAUCAAGAAGAAUCCGGGUCUGAUUGAUCUUGACAAGGUCAGAUACGCCAAUAUAUAUCCGGUUCCGGAGGAGACCGAAUGGGAGGAUUUGUUCCGAUCGGUGUCCGAGGAGGAGCUCGCCCAUCGCGUCAUCAUGGGCGCAUUGGACGUCACGCAUGUUCCGAUUAUUCCGGCGUUCGCUGAGAUUCAGAAGCGGCUCAUAUUUUUGCAGGCUCAAGUGUUCGGCAUUUGGGACUCGGUGUACGCCGAAGACAUUCGCAGCAUCAAACAGCUGAUAUGCGAGAAGCGAAUGGGUCUUGUGCUCGACAAGGACGGCCGAACGCCGCUUCAUCAUGCCUACAAGAAAUCCAGCAAAGAGAUGAUCGACUAUUUGCAAUACGUGUGUCCCGAAUCGGCCGCAAUUCGCGACAUUUUUGGCCGGCUGCCGUCGGAUUACGGUGACGUCGCCAAGCCCGACGUCAUCCAAACUCCCCAGAAUAGUCUUGCGGUUCCGCGAAGAGAGCGACGGCCGUCGCCUACCGCCCUUCUUCACAAGGAGCGUUUCGGCGUCGUCGUGGCAGCGUGCGACGAAACGAUGCGAAGUCCGGAAUCGCCGGACGGCGUCGAGCCGAUGGUCGUUCAGCGAAUGAGCGAGAUCGACGCGAGCAAGAAGGACUACACGAUUCUCGAGCAACUUCAAAUCGAAGGCAAAGGCGAUCAAAUCUAUCGGGCGGCGAUGAAAUGCGACGAACGCAUUCUGCGGCACACGCAAGAGUUCCGUCAGAUUCAGAAUCGUCUGACGUCGGCGAUCGAAGCCGUCGAGAACAACGAGAAGAAGAAGCUGAUUCAUUUUUGCGACGAUGAGGUGAUGACGGCGAGAGACCAACGCGGAAUGCGUCUGCUGCACAUCGCCGUGCUUCGCGAGAAGCACGAGCUCGUCGAAUAUCUCGCUAUGCAGUAUCCGUCGCACGUCGACCUACUCGAUACGUUGGGACGAACCGCUCUUCAUUACGCCGCCGUUCAGCAAAACGCCAUUUACGACACCCUCGUCGAAUUGGGCGCCAACAAGAAUCUACCCGAUCAGGAGGGCCUCACCGCCGAAGAGUAUCGACAGGCGCCCGACAAAUUCGUGCGUCCCGACUCGGCCGCCUCGUCCGUCAUGCUUCAUUCGAUGUCCACCGACGACGAGUUCUUCGAUCCAGAUGCUCCGUCCGAGGAGCAAGUCGACACGUGGCUCGCCACCGGCGACGUCACCAAAUUGGAGCAAAUUGUGCUCGACGGCCGCGGCCAUCUGUUACGCGAGAAGAAGACGGUGAACGCGGCGAGCAACGAGUUCAUGUCGGGUCUCACGCAAUACUUGACAAAAAUCGACGCGAUUCACAAGGCCGUCGAAGAAGGCGACGUGCGACGCGUCAAAUCGCUCAUCGACCGCCCGAAUUUGGCGACCGCCCGCGACAGCUACGGCAUGACGCCAAUCCACAAGGCACUCCUUCACGGCCAAACGAACACCGUUCGCUUCUUGUUGGGCCGCUAUCCGAAUUGCGUCAACGCCACGGACCACAAGAGUGGCGGCGACGCGUUCAUCGAGGACAAGCACGGUCACACGCCAUUCUACUAUCGUACGCACGGCCAACGCCUCAACGUGCGCUCGAUGAAAGACAACGCGGUGAUGAAUCAACUGAUCUCCGGCCAACUCAGCCGCCCGCUUCUUCAAGACCUCGAGGAGGACAUCUACGAUUGGAUUCACACGGGCAACAUCGGCAAACUCGAGGAGCUCGUGCUGACCGGCUACGCCGACAUGCUGCUCGGACGGACGCACGAGGUCGAAGACGCCGACAGCAUCGGGUUCCUCGAGGUGCUGCCGCAAUACCAGGCGAAAAUCCAGUCGAUCCACAAGGCGGUCGAGGCGGGCAACGCGCGCGCCGUCAAACUGCUCACCGACCGCAAGAAGUUGGCGUUGUGCCGAGACACGCGCGGCCUCACGCCGCUCCACAAGGCCAUCGUGUUCGAGCGCACCGACAUCGCCAAAUAUCUGAUACGCAAUUAUCCGCAGUCGGUCAACGCGAUGGAUCAGAAGAAGCGAACGCCGCUGCACUACGCGGCCGCGCUCAAGGACGGCGGAUACAUGUAUCGGAUCAUGCGCAAAGCCGGCGGCGAUCCCAACAUUUUUGAUUGUAACGGCCGUCCCGCGAAAUACUAUUCGACGCAUCACGGCGAAAUCGAUCUCGCCGCGAUGCGCCUCGACACCCGCGCCGCUCUCAAGCAAGUGCUUCACAAUCGCGUCGCGCCGAGCUAUCUCGAGAGCUCGAUUCAGCAAUGGCUUCGCGAUGGUCACGUGGCGAAACUCGAGCAACUCGUGCUCUCCGGCUGCGGCGAUCUUCUCAACAAUCGAACGUCGAGCAAUUCGGAGACGCAGCAAUUUCUCGACAAACUUCCCGAGUACAUGGAGAAAAUCGACAGCAUUCACAAAUCGAUCAAAGAGGGCAAUCUCGACGCCGUCAAAGAUUUGAUGAAGACGAAGAAGUUGGCGAUCGCGCGCGAUCGCUACGGCUGCACACCGCUUCAUUCGGCCGUCGUCCACGAGCACACCGAGAUCGUCCGAUUCAUCGCCGGCAAUUUUCCGACGGUUCUCAACGCGCCUGAUUAUAAUAAGCGAACGGCGAUGCACUACGCGGCCGCCGCUCGCGACGGCGGACACUAUUUGAAGAUUCUCGGCAAGGCCGGCGCCGACGCGAUGGCCGUCGACAAUGAGGGCCGCACGCCGGACUACUAUCGUCGAAACGCCGUCAUCGAUUUGAAGUUGAUCAAAGAGCGCGACGAGGAGUUCGAGGCGAUCAGCGAGGAGUUCCUCGAAGACGGGCCGCUCAUCGAUUCGCCGGCGACGCCCGACUCGGGAAGCGACGCGUCGUUCAUCGACAGCGCGCGUCUCAUCGACGACGACGACGACGACGGCGUCAACGUCGAGCGCCACAAAAUCGAGCGGAUGUUCCGCGGCAAAGGCGAUCUGCCGACGUCGGAGAACGGCAUCUAUUUGGCGCGCACGGUGGCGCCGGUGUUGACGAAGGCGCUCGCCGAGGUGCUGCUUCGACGGCCCGCCGAUCCGAUCGGAUUCAUCUCGGAUUGGCUCGCCAAGUAUAUGGAUGAGGUGCCGCGACGCAACGGCCACACCAGCUAG